AUGGCUAAUUUCAAGUUCAAAGUGAUUACCAAAAUUCUGGCCGACAUGUUAGCUUCCAUGAUGCUUGAACUAAUAUCAUUGGAACAAAUGGGCUUUAUUCAAGGGACACAAAUUAAAGAUUGCAGCUGCUUGGCAUCAGAGGUGGAAAACUCCUUGCACAACAAGUCUUUUGCAGGGAAUAUUGCUUUGAAAAUUGAUGUGACAAACACAUUGACACAUUUGAAUGGCCUUUCCUUCUCAAGGUUCUUAGGGCUUUUGGUUUUGGUGAAAUUUUUUGCCAUUGAAUUGAGGUUAUUCUUGGAUCUGCAGCAUUGUUUAUCUCUGUCAAUGGAUCCUUGCAUGGCUAUUUCAAAUGCACUUGAGGGAAUUCUUAGAGCUCGGGUUUUAAGAGGUAUUAGAUGUAUCAAUCAUCUCAUUCCUUCUACUAUUUGGAGUGGAAUUAAGAAUGAGUUUCAUGUUGUUAAGGAGAACUCCACAACUCCGAUUGGUAAUGUACACAAAACUAAUUUCUGGCUAGAUCAUUGGUGUGGCACAACUUGUCUGGAUGAUACCUUCAAUAUACCUGCAGCUUGGCGUGCAUCCUUAAAUGAUAUGGUCUUAAGUUACAUCCAUAAUCAUCAUUGGAAUAUUCCUCAUUAG